AGUUUGCGGUUUUCCGCCGUCAAACCAAAAUAAAGUGAGACUUUGUGGUUUUUUUCGCAUUUCAACAGUAUUCUCCGGCUUUUCCGGCACUCUUUUCACCAAUCUGGUAAUUAGGCAUGGUAGAGCUGUUGAAGACGUUGCAAUAGGCAUCCCGGAAUGACUGUUAUAGCUGCAAUUUCAAUCCUCCUGCUCCAAGGGAUGCUGUCGCACCUGGCGAUGGUGUCGGCGGCGGAGAAUCUCACUGCCAUUACCUGGGCGCACGCGGUGAACAACCAGGCGCUGCUGGACGCCACGCUGGCCAGCGAUAUUGACAUGAUCGAGGCGGACAUCGUCCUGGGGCACCUGGUCAGCGAUCUUGACGGUCCAUUGCUGCCUGUGAUGGGCCAUCCGCCCGCCAACACCUCUGACAUCUCCCUCCAGGGAUUCCUCACGCAGAUCCUGGAGCACAAUCGCAGGAAUUCGCAGAGCAUGAAGGGCGUGAAGCUGGAUUUCAAGUCCACCGAAGUGUUCACCGGAUCCCUGGCGAUGCUGUCGGACAUCUGGGCGUCCAUGGACUAUCCGGUGUGGCUGAACGCUGACAUCAUCCGUGGCCCGGUUGAUAACACAGGAACUCAGCCUGUUGAUCCCAACGUCUUCCUCAGCAGCUGUCGCAGAUUCCCCUCGGCGGUGCUCUCCAUCGGCUGGACCACACGAUGGGGCCCUGACUUCACCGAGGGCAGCUACACUGAGAGCCAAAUCGCCCUGAUGCGCACCAGCAUCAGAAACAACGCCAUUUCCAGCUCUAGUCACCCGAUCACCUUCCCAGUGCGUGCUGGCAUCGCUGCCCAGAGUCUGCCGCAGCUCAGUCAGCUCAUGAGGGACUUCGCCCAGACCAACACAGUCACCCUGACCAUCUGGUCUAGUGAGAAUGAUCACGUGGACGUGGAGAAACUGCGCGCGCUGAUCUUCUCCGUGGGCGUCGACAAAGUUUACGUGGACGUACCAAAGGAUCUUCUAGAUCAGCUGGACUUGGGCACCAACAGCGCCAAGAGACUCUUCCCCUUUACACUUCUCGGCCUGGCACUCAUGAUUCUGGCCCUUUUUGUCAGUAAAUCACACUGAAAGUACAUAAAGAGAUGAAAAGUCAUAUCGAAA